CAUUUAACCUCAUGAUGCACUGGGAGCGCGAAUACUUCUGGCAAGAAGAAUACACGGAGCGUGCGUGGUGUAUGGAAUGCGUGAAAUGUGAGGAACUCUCGGGCGCCGAGGGCAACUCCGGAUGUCGUGAUAGCAACUCGAACAGCUUUGACUGUGCCAGUGAGGACCAGCUCUGGUUGCAGGACUGUGGUGGUCCAGCCAAGGGAACUGCGGUUUUUACUAUUGUGCGCUACGACUCGUCGGAUCAGAUUCGAGUGCAGGGUUCGGAUCUGUGCCUUACACUGGUGCAUCCGCGAUUCAUCAACCUGCAGCCCUGUGACGAGGCUGACAUGUUGCAGCGUUGGCGAGGCUUUGACCGCAAUCAGUCCUUUGACUUGCGUCCAGCACAGGACAAUAAUGGCUGCCUUUCGCAGUCGCAUCAACCCAGAGCUGGCGAAAUCAUUUUUAAUGGUGGUUGUGUGUUGGCCUAUAAAUGGAACACUGCGUUCUGGGAUGCAAUUCCAGCCUAAGUGCUCAGCGGUGACGGCUUUUGGGCUGGUCUUAAAGUAUGAUCGGUCGGCUUCGUUCUCGCUCUCGCAAGAGGUCACUAGGCAUUGGAUAGCUCGGUUUACGCGUCCUAAUCCACGCUGUACUCAUAUUUCAAACUUGUAGAAUCACGUCUUGCUUCUUCUUGAGCUUUUCCUUGACUG